CCGCUGUCGAUCAUUACUAUCGUCGUGCUUUUCUGGGCACUCAACCACAUGCACCACGCGCUGCCACGGCCAGCAAUUCCAUUCGUUGUUUGCUCUGCGUCUUUCGUUUCGUGCUCCACUCGCUUUGAGCACCCGGUCCCUCGCUACCACCAGACAAGCUUCUAAACAUAAGAAGAAAAAGAGAAAGAAAGAAAAAAAAGGAAGAAAAAAAAAACCCUUCUUCCAGCAACAAUGCAUACCAAGGCGACCCUGGCACUCGUUGCCUCCGUCCUCGCAGGGCUGGGCAACUCAGCCGCCGCCGGAGUGGACACCCGGGCAGUGACCUGCGCAAAUGAUCUCCUCUACCGGCUCAUGCUGGCCCUGCCGGCCUACGGCGCCCCAUUCUGCAAGGCUGCGGUCAACAUCUCGCCCAAGACCCCAACUGCCACCAUCACAGUCGCGCCUACCGUCACCGUCGCAGCAACCGCAUAUUCCACAGUCUACGUCACAGACAAGGCCCAGACAACCACCGUCUUCGUCCCGGGGAAGCGCGAGGUCCUCCACUACCGCAGCGAACACGUCAGGCGCGAGCUGCUGGACGGGCGCGCCACCCUCGAGGACCGGGCCCUCGUCGACUUCGCGGUCUUCGCCCAGGCGGCCCGGGUCGGCCUCGCCGUCCCGGCCGUGUCGGCCGCGUGCUCGUGCUUCUCGUCGUCGUGGACGGCGCCCACGGUGACGGCCACCGUCCAGGGCAAGACGACGGUGACCGUGUCCUCGGCCAGGGCCACGCUGCCCACCAUCGUGACCGUGAGGGGGGCCACCGUGACGUCGACCAGCAGGGGGCUCGUGGUCGCCACUACCACCACCCCGACCAGCUCCUCGACGAGCACGCCGCCUGCCGCCGCCACCACGCCGGGCACCACACAGCCCACGGCCCCGGCCUCGUCGUCCGUCAUCACGUCGGUCCACAGCGUGAGCUCGUCGUUCGUGCCCGUCACCACCCUCACCAACAGCGCGGAGCUGUCCAGCAUCAGCUCCGUCAUGUCGUCCAUCAUGUCCAGCAUCUCCUCGGCCAUCAGCUCCUCUGCCGCCCCGUCCGUUGCCGUUUCCAGCUCGGGCACUGCUCUGAUCUCGUCAUCCGGGGCUGCGAGCUCGGCUGUGGUCAGCUCGUCUCAGGUGUCCAGCAGCGGCGUGUCCUCGUCAUCUCUCUCGGCCGCCAGCAUCACCUCGUCGGCGCUGUCGUCAGCCAGCAGCGUGAGCUCGUUGGCCUCCUCCGUCGUUUCCAGCCUGUCGUCCAGCGUUCCUAGCCUGUCCUCGAGUGUUCCAAGCCUGUCCUCGAGUGUUCCCAGCCUGUCGUCCACACAGUCCGGCCUUUCAUCCUCCCUGUCUUCAUCCGUCGUGUCCAGCUCCGCCUCGAGUGCCCCAAGCCUGUCAUCCACCCAGUCCAGCCUAUCAUCGGCCGUCCUCUCCACCUCCACAGCCCCCCCCUCAAGCACCCUAUCCUCCAGCACGAUCUCCCCCCUCUCCUCCAGCACAAUCUCCUCCCUCUCGUCCAGCACCCUCUCCACCCUCCCAACCACCCUCCCAACCCAGACCCCAACCACCCCAGGCCACGUCUGCGGCGUCGACCUAAAGCCCUACGACGUCGCGGUCCCGCAGUCCGCCGACGCCUUCAACGGGUGCAACCCGGACUCGGCGACGCGCUGGAGCGCGUGCCACAAGGACGUCAACGGCACGGCGGUCUGCAGCUCCUGCGGGCGGUGCGGCACCAGCACCGCGACGUGCACGUCCGACGCGCAGUGCGCCGCGGGCGAGGCGUGCCUCGUGGGCACGGCGUGCGCCGCGGGCGGGGCGGCGCGGUGCAUCCCUAUCUAUGACAACUGCUAUGCGGCCGCGCGGAAGCGGAGGAGCGUUUCGUUGUUGAUGACGACUGGGGAGCGGCGGGGUGUCUCUCUGUUUUGA